AUGGGUAAAAAUGUAUUAAAAUAUGGUGGUAAAUCAGGUUUACUUCCAAAAGUGAAACCGAUUUUCAACAAACCAAUCCGUCCACCAACAGUAUAUGAAUUAGCCAAUGAAAAGACACUGGAAACAGGUUAUGCUGAAGGAGUUCCAUUACCAAUUAUCAAAGGUAAAACUAUUCCACGUCAACAAAGAUCAAAAAAAGUUGUUACUGUUGCUGAAAGAAUUCAGCAAAUCAAAUUUCCAGAAUUAACUUUGAAAGAAAUGAACAAAUUACCAGCAGAUGAAAGAGAUGCUCAUAGAAGAGAAUUCUAUAAAGCACAAUUUUUAAAGGAAGCCUAUUUAGAAGAAGAACAGAGAUUACAAAAAAUUGAUGAAUUGAAGCAAAUGAUCCAUGAAAAAAAAUUGAAACGUUCUCAAGAAGCUCAUGAAGAAGAAGUUUUAGAACAUGACAGAAGUGUGAAAGGUUUGCCAACUAUGCAAGCUUUAUUAGAUAAUGGGUUAAUCAAACAACGAACCCCAGAAGAAACCGAAUUAUUGAAACAACAAAGAAUAUUGAAUAGAAAAACCAAUGAAUUACAACAAAAGGAAGCACAAGCAGAAAAGUUAUUGGAAUUAUAUCAUGCUGCAGGUAAAUUCAUCACAACAGAAAAACAAUUAGAAGAAGCUAUACAUCAAGCCUUUGAAGUUGAUGUUGGUGUAUUUGAAGGCCAUCAAACCACCAUUGAAGCUAAAUUGGCUAACAAACUGUUGGGUUACAUGGCUGCUGAAGCUAAUGAAUCUCUUAUUGCCGAUACCAUCUUAGGAGAAAUUAAUGGUAAACCAGGUUUGAAACAAGUUAAACAAGUUUUGGAUGGUACAAGAGAACAAAACAAGAGAAAUGCUCAGUUGGGGGCUAGCAAAUAA